AUGGUCAGCCUCCCACCUGUAGGCGGACUCGUCACCAUCAGAGAUGAGUCCCAUGAGAGUGGUGUCGUCCGCGAACUUCAUGUUCAUCUAUGUAGGAGAAUUUGAAGACUUGAAAAGAAAAAAAAAAAAGAUACUAAGAAAAUAAAUAAAUAAAACCCCAGCUGUUCCUGAAAGGCCUUUGUUAAAAUGAGCAUCAUGUGUUUAAAAAUGAAAAGACUCCAGACUAACAAGGAUUUCCUUAAGGGACUAAUGUUUAGGAACACUGUUUCAGGUCUGUAUCUCUGACCUUAAUGAAGGUCCGUUGCUUUGGGCAUCAGUAACCAUUCGUAAAGUGUCAAAAUAUGAAUAAUUCUAACGAUGCCAUAGCAAUUACCCUGCAUGUCACGUGUUUAAAAGAUUCUCAUGUUUUAUAUGAACUGGGUAUUUCAAAGGCUAUUUGUUACAAUAUUUCAGAUACUAUUCAUACAGCUGUAGCUUGUUUUUUUCUUUUGUUUUUUUCCCACAGCAAAAUCAGAUUAGAGCUGUUUACUUCCUUGUUUUUUUUUUAUUUAUAAAUCCUAGAGCCAUUGUGUUUAUGCUCAGGUGUAGUAGUCGGCAGCAGUUGAAACAAAAUACUAAUAUUUUUUAAUAGUAUAUAUUUAUCUAUUGUGGAUCAAGUUGCAGUGAUCAUUGUUCUGUGAACGUUACAUAAAUAUUAUGUAUCAUAUGAUACUUAUUUAAAGCUGGGAUGAAUCAGGUUAAUAUAUGUUUCUAAUUUAUUCAUUUGUGAAAUGUUUGUAAAUAUUGUUGCUAUAAUAAAUGCUGGAUGUCCAUUUCCUCAAAGCCCUCCUGUCUGCUCAGUACUGACCCCUGCUGUCCGCUUCGGUGACGUGCCGGACCAGGAAGACGAUGGCAUGAUUGUUGCUGAAUUUAGCAAAACAGAAGGAAAAAAUCGCUUUAGUUCAGCUCUGGGUUUCCAGAAAGAAAAACUAAGAGAUUUACCGUAAGACAUUUUGAAAACCAAAAGCUAUUUAUUAAAUUUUCUCCUCGGUUUUAACCGGAAGUAGAAAAACAGAAGCCUGUCAGUGAGGAAGAUGGGGAUCACUAAACUGGCCGAUCUAAUUCGCUCAGAUGCUCCAGAUGCUGUUUCUCACAAGGAUAUCAGUGACUACUCAGGGAAAGUCAUUGCCUUGGAUGCCCCCGUGAUGCUGAACCAGUUUCUCGCAGCAUCAUCGUCGUUGAGCCCCCUGACGGGUCUCUUUUUCCGCACCCUGACCUUCCUGGAACACGACAUAAAGCCAGUCUUUGUAUUCGAUGGGACACCUCCCGUGGAAAAGACACCUGUGCUGGAGAGGCGAGCUAAGGCAGCUGGUUAUAGCCCCCCCAAAAGAACAGGAAUGGCAUCAGCCCAGACUAAGGAUUCUGUAGAGCUACUGAAACACAUGGGGGUGCCUGUCAUCCAGGCUCCAGGGGACGCUGAGGCACUGUGUGCCCGGCUGGUCAGAGACGGGGUUGUGGAUGCAGUGGCCUCCGAAGACAUGGACACGCUGCCCUUUGGAGCGAAUGUUCUUAUUCGUCAGCUGAAUGCUAAGAAGGACAGUGAAGUCAUCGAGUACUCAUUACCCAAGCUGUUAGAGAAGCUGCAAAUUAGUCAUGAGGAGCUUGUUGACCUCUGUAUUUUGCUGGGCUGUGACUACUGCGAUAAGAUCCCUGGUUUGGGCCCUAAGAGAGCGCUGAUACUGAUCCAGAAGCAUCACACUAUUGAGAAUGUGCUUUUGAACAUCAAUAGGCAGACCCAUCCUGUACCACAUUUCUGGAAAUACAAAGAGGCAAGGAAGAUUUUCUUGAACUCGACAGAAAGUACGGUUCCUGAACUAGUGUGGACCGAGCCAGACGAAGAAGCUGUGGUGGACUUCCUCUGUCACACCAAGUAUUUCAGGGAGGAGAGGAUCCGUCGCCGCAUGAAGACGUUUCAUGAAAAGCGAGAAAACAGGCGAGAGGAGAGGAAAAUGGAGAAGGCAGAGGGACAUACCAGGCAGACUCGCAUGGAGAACUUUUUCAGAGUUACGAGAAAGAGGGGGCAGCCAGCGGAAGCCCUGUCCUCAUUAGGCGACAACGAGAAGAAAGCAAGAUCAAAAUAAGUCAACCUUUAUCGUUGUUUUUCUCUGGGACGGUUGGCUUUUAGAUGGCAGAUUCCCAAAUGUGUGAUUCAAUCUUAAAAUGGUCUGAGGUAAAUGAUCUGAACAAAAAUCAUCAGGCCACUUUUUUUUUUUAAUAACGGAUGUUAUCUCUAUUCUGCCCAAUGUUUACAAAAGUGAAAUUCAGGCUGCUGCUGGUUGAUGAUCAUUGUGUAGGUUAAAAAAAUGACUGCUUUGACAGAGAGCCUAAUAUUAAUAUAAUUAAUAGAAACCCAACUCAGAAUCAUGGAAAUAUAUUGACCGUAUCCCUUCAUGGCUUCCGUGGAACACUAUUGCCUCUGCCCGUGGAAUAUUGUGCCUUUUUGUAUGAACUGCGGUGUUCAGAACAAUCCUAUUCAGUUUAAUGUCUCGCUACACGAAGCGGUUUCCUGCAGAGCUAGAGAGACGAGCAGAUCAGGAGGUGGACGGUCAUGAAAGAGAACAGAAGGAUCACUGUCAUGGAGGCCAAAACUAGGGACAGGCGAUGUCUCUUCUCUGGAUAUUCAAUCAGCACCUGCUGUGCAACAGGAGCCAAGACAGACACUAAAGGCUUGAAUUUUAAAACGUGCACUUUGUUGCUUUCAUUUCAGAAAACCAAAAUGAGAUUACUAAAUCCACAUGGUGGAAAAGAUAUUUUGAAGAAAAUAAAGUUUAGGUCCUGUUUUAGCUAUUAUCUUUUUAGUUUUUUUUUUUUUUUUUUUUUUUUUUUACAUGUGGUUAUUUUACUUUAAAAAAAAAAUCUGUUGUAUUUGGUUGUGUGAUGUUUACUGUGAGUCUGUAAGAAUGGACUUCUCAAUUUGUCUGGAUGUCUGCCAAAUAUAACAAACCUGACAAGAAA